UGUACUGGAGACCUUUAGUUAGUCGUCACAGGAGGAAAAAGCCACAGCAUAUGGCUUAUAUGAUUUCACAAUGGGAAAGAAAUGAUGAAAUAUUUCACAUGCCUUGAAAAUUACUGUAGCUGACAUUUAGAGAAGUUAAAAAAAAAAAAAUCCUGGGGCUUUCUUCCAAACUGUAACAUCACACACAACAUACAUGGCCAACAAAACACUCAGACAGCACUCAGACACUCAGACAGCAUUCAGACACUCAGUCGCGCCUCAGGAUUCAUCUUUGAGUUCUUUCAGUAACCUCUGUACUGCUUUUUACCAACUGUUGCUGAAUUUGAAACUUUGCCUGAACUAGCAGGAAGGACAAGAAUCACUUUCUCUCAUUUCAAAGAGAUCUGCUGUUUACUUCAGAAUUAAGAAAAAAAAUGACUGAAACUCUUCCAUUGAAUGAUCCCUCCUCAAACCAGAUUGAAAACAAGAGCAACUCAACUAUUUGUCCAGACUUGAAUGAAUGGUGGGAAAUUGUGUACUAUAUAGUACCCAAGUACAUCAACACCAUCUGUGUUAUUGGAAUGCUUGGAAAUAUAUUUGUUCUCUUCACUUAUUCACUCCACAAGCACCCCCUGAAGAUACCUGAAAUCUACCUUGUGAACCUAGCUGCUGCUGAUCUUAUCUUCCUCACAUGCCUCCCUUUCUGGGCAGAGAACAUCAGGAAUGAAUUUAACUGGCCGUUUGGCACUUUCCUUUGUCGCAUCACCAGUGCAUCCAUCAGGCUAAACAUGUAUACCAGCAUCUACUUGCUAGUGGCAGUCAGCGCGGAUCGCUAUUUCACUUUUGUUCAUACCUUGAACCACAGCGAGAUACGGAGCAAAACUAUAGCCAAAGGGAUCUGCUUGCUCACUUGGUUCUUUGGUAUACUUCUCAGUGUCCCAACCUUUAUGUUUCGGACUGUGGAAUAUUUUCCUCUGUGGAAUAUUUCAGCAUGCACUUUAGAUUUCCCUACCCCAUCCUGGGUAUCAGCUGAAAGGUUGGUAUACAACAUAGUGGGGUUUGUGUUUCCAUCUGCAGCAAUCAUCUUCCUUAAUUUCUCUACAAUUUGCUCCCUACAAAAAAACGCAAGAGAACGAAGAGCACUCAGAACAAAGAGUAGCAAGGAGCAGAAAGACACAAAGGCCACAAGGCUGAUCUUCACGGUAGUACUGAUAUUUCUUUUGUGCUGGACUCCAUACCAUUUUUUUGUAUUCCUUGAUAUAUUACACCAGACAGAAGUGAUCAAAGGCUGCUUCUGGGAGGAACUGCUCAACUUUGGUGAGCAGUUCGGUUAUACUCUCGCCACCACCAACAGUUGCAUCAACCCUGUGAUUUAUGUCUUUGUUGGGAAAUACUUCAGGCAAAAGGCCUUAGAAGUUUUUUCACAGCUUAUUCCCUGUGGAUUUCCUCUGAGCUGGGUAUCAUUCAAAGAGAAGUCUUCAUAUUUCAGCAUGUUUCCAGUCAGGAGUAGUUUAACAUAAUGGUUCCGUCUUCGUUUUGAUGAAGAUUACAUCUUAUUUCAAAUGGCAUUAAAAAUGAAUAUGAAUUGCACACAUAUGGCAUUCACAGACUAAAUUAAUUAUUUAUUAAAGUAAAUCACUUGACUGCUUAUUUGUCCUCAGAUUUGCUUUUUUUUUCUGGGUUAUCUAUCCAAAUGGAUAACGCGUGAUACCAGAAUUCUAUACCAAAUUAUCUAAGCUGUCCUAUCAAUUAUCAGUGGCUUGAAAGAAAAACUCAUGGACAAUAUAUUGGAAGUCUGGUUUCUUUACAGAAAGCCACAAGCUGGUUGAACAUUUCACUGCAUUGUAUCUGCGAUGACAACUACUACACCACCAAUAACACUGUAAGUAAAAUCAUAACGUGCAUUGCAGGGUAAAUAAGAGCUUAAUCUUCAGUUGAUAGAUACAUUUGAGCCAUUAUAAAAUAGCUCCAGUUAUUUUUAACAAUAUCUUAAAUAUUUUGAACUUUCACAGCAGCAUAUGGAAAAAUUGAACAAUUGUUUGCGCAUGUCAAAUACAUGCAGUAUAUACAAAUUGUAUGACACAAUGUACCAUAAAGUAUGCAUGUAAAAAAAGGAAAGCAACUUGAUACCCUCCUCAAAAUUCAACUUCUUUUUUUUAUCCAGUAAAAUGUUACACAAAUACUCAUCAAGUAAAUAUUUUUUUUUUUUUGCGUAUGAAAUUAACAGUGAUGGGCAUUGAUGUUGUAUUAUUUUGGAAUAUCUUUCAUCUGAAGCAAAUCCUUAAACACACAUUUAUACUUUUAUGAAUCAAAAUUAAUAAACUGCAUAACAUCGCAUUUUACGGCAUAGUCUUGUUCUUUCUUAAAACCAUUUUUUAUUUUAUCUCUUUCCCUGUUCCUUUGGGGAAGGGCAAAUAUAUAAUUCUGUGAUUAACAAUUCUUGCUGCUAACAAAAUAUAAACUCCAGUGAUAGUAAGUCGUGGCCAUCAUAGUAUUUUAACAACAUAACAAUAAGACACCAGACAGAAGAUAAGAAGAAUAAUUCUUCUUUUCCAUCACAGCCACAAUCGCAGAAUAGACUUAAGACAAUUGAGAUAUCUGUUGCCAUAAUGAUAAAAGCAUGUAUAUGUACAGACAACAGCAGAAAAUGACAGGAGAUACAGUGCAGCCUUUUCAA